GACAAGAAUAGAAGUAGCUGUCGACGGGUAAUCCACUUAGUGUUCCUCUCAUGGUUUGUCAUUAGGAGUCAUUCUCUGUCUCACACACACACACAUCUCUCCUCUUUUUAUGACUGCCAAACACGUGUGUUGAAAGAAUAUGGAGAAGUUACUACACGCACCGCCUUAGUUUAUCACAGUCCCAUUUUGUGAUUGGACGAGAGGUGUUGAUUGGCAGCUCCGCGGCGUUUUCUUACGGGACAGAGAAACGGAUGGGUCCGCCUAGGCUUCUCGGUGACGUCACGAAAGGACAAAUCGAUUUACCGCGAGGUCAUUCGGCCUCUCAGAGCAGCCGGUUGCAGCUAAGCGGACGCGCCAUCUUAAGACACUGAAAGACGCAGCUCCGCCAGCAGGCAGGACACCACCAUGUACCCGACCGCUUUGACGCAGCUGGCCCGGGCCAACCCUUUCAGCGCUCCCCUGUUCACCCUCCAGAAAGUGGAAGAACCCCAACAGAGCCUUCAUGGACAGAGGACCCGCAGACUGGCAGCAGCCGCCACCGCAGAAGAGGAUGUCAGCUGCGAGUUUGGCUCCUCAAAGUACUAUGCCCUGUGUGGUUUUGGGGGUAUCCUGAGCUGCGGCAUCACACACACAGCAGUGGUGCCCCUCGACCUUGUCAAGUGCCGUAUGCAGGUAGACCCAGAUAAAUACAAGAGCAUCGGCAAUGGCUUUGCAGUGACAGUGAGGGAAGAUGGCAUGAGAGGCCUGGCGAAGGGCUGGGCUCCCACCUUCAUCGGCUACUCCAUGCAGGGACUGUGCAAGUUUGGCUUCUACGAAGUGUUCAAGAUCUUCUACAGUGACCUGCUGGGAGAGGAGAACACCUACCUGUGGAGGACAUCGCUGUACCUGGCUGCCUCAGCCAGCGCAGAGUUCUUUGCUGACAUUGCUCUGGCUCCCAUGGAGGCUGUCAAAGUUCGUAUCCAGACCCAGCCGGGCUAUGCCAACACCCUCAGGCAGUGUGUCCCCAAGAUGUUUGCAGAGGAGGGGCUCUGGGCUUUCUAUAAGGGUGUUGUGCCCCUGUGGAUGAGGCAGAUCCCCUACACCAUGAUGAAGUUUGCCUGCUUCGAGCGCACUGUGGAGAUGCUCUACAAGUUUGUUGUUCCGAAGCCCCGCAGUGAGUGCAGCAAGUCUGAGCAGCUGGUGGUCACCUUUGUGGCCGGUUACAUCGCUGGUGUGUUCUGUGCCAUCGUGUCCCACCCUGCUGACUCUGUGGUGUCUGUGCUGAACAAGGAGAAGGGCAGCACCGCUGUCCAGGUCCUCAAGAGGCUGGGACCCAAAGGUGUGUGGAAGGGCCUGUUUGCCCGUAUCAUCAUGAUUGGUACUCUGACCGCCCUGCAGUGGUUCAUCUACGACUCCGUCAAGGUCUACUUCCGCCUGCCCCGCCCCCCUCCCCCUGAGAUGCCAGAAUCUCUGAAGAAGAAGCUUGGCCUCACAGAGUAAAGCCCCCCCAGCCCCCAUCCCUUCACUGAGCCGCAGUCUCCAGCUGACACAUCUGAACUCCCCAAACUUCCACAGCGUACACAGCAGUUUUCUAUAUUUAUGUCCUCGGCUCCUGCUGCUCUGCACAGAGCGCAGGGCUGCUACUAAUGUAUAUUAAACAGAAAAACAAGCAAAGCGAGAAGAUGGAACUGUCACUCUUGGAUUACCACGAGUCGGACAGAAAAUGUUGCUCUAGAAACACCCGUCUGGUUUUAUCAAUCCCUGUCAUUAGAAAAUUGUUGAAAUUCUAAUAAAAGAAUUUAAAUUCCCUGAA